CUUGGAUGUUUACCUUAGUAGCAACAAUGAUUAACAUUAUUUACUUCCGCUGAUCUCGAGACGAAUUGUGAUGUUAACCAUCGAUUGGAGUGUUGCUUUGGAACCAUUUAUCAGACCACUGAUCUGACUACUGUUGUGAUAGGACCUGGAUAUUAGAAAUAUGUGACACAAGCUCUGGAUUUAAUGACAUAUUGGCAGUUAUAAUUAUUUCCGAUGGAGGAUUGGUAGUCAUUUGAUAAAAUGAUAAAUAGGUUACGAUCAGGAAACAAACCUAAGUCACAUGACCAGAUGCCGACGUGUGGGAAGGUGCCCCCUACCAAGGAGGAUAUUCUCAGCACAAUGGACCAAUUUGGAGACAUGGAUACAGACGAUAGCAGUCCAGAGGUUGUAAAUGGUGACAACAACAACACAAAAAGACUCGCCAGUAAAGACAAUCUGGACACAGGGUCAUGGGACUUCGGGGAGGUAGAACCCUUGGGAGUCAGCAGUCUCUCCAAUGCAUACGGGAUGGAGUGGGAUAAACUGUUUACCAAACCAAAUUACCGUCGAUUGUUACGAGCGCUUGCUAUGACGGGAAACCUGAGGAGCAGUCGAUUCAGGAGCAUCUGUUGGAAGGUGUUUUUAGAAGUGAUACCAGAGGAUAUGGGGAGGUGGAUCCCCAAAAUAAGGGAGUGGCGAGCCAAGUACGACGACCUGAAGAGGAAGUUGAUUAUAAACCCUCGGAAAGCUGUGGAUCACUCGGUGUCCGACUUGGUUGUCAAUAACCCUCUGUCUCAGGCCGACGAGAGUCCAUGGAACCAGUUCUUCUUGGACAAUGAGCUGAGAUUGACCAUUAAGCAGGAUGUGAUUCGCACCUUUCCAGAGAUUCAGUUUUUUCAAAACCCUGAGCUUCAGGAACAGAUGAUAGACCUGCUGUUUUGUUAUAGCCGCGCCCAUUCUUCUAUCCUGUACAAACAGGGCAUGCAUGAGUUGUUAGCUCCCCUGAUUUUUGUCCUCCACUGUGACCACCAGGCUUUCCUACAUGCAAAUGAGGUGGAAUCGCUGGGAUGGAUUCCAACAGCUUACAGGGAGAUUGUCAAAGAGUUGAUGGAUCCCACGUACCUGGAGCACGAUGCUUAUGCCAUGCUGUGUCAGAUCAUGGAUACAGUAGAACCGUGGUACAACUCCAAGGACAUCCUGGUCCCAAAGACAAAGGAAAAGGUCACAGUGACCUUGUUUUCACGUGCACAGGAUACGAACUCGUCCAUCGCUAUCGUGUCCAAACUGACCCGUGUCCAUGACUAUAUCCUGAAGAAGUUUGACCCAGAACUUCACCUCCACCUAGAGAGGCUGGAUAUUGCUCCACAGAUUUACGGAAUACGCUGGGUUCGCCUCCUGUUUGGUCGAGAGUUCCCCAUGCAGGACCUCCUGGUUUUGUGGGACGCAUUAUUUGCGGAUGGAAUUGGUUUUGACCUGGUUGACUAUGUCUUUGCUUCUAUGUUGUUAUACAUCAGAGAUUUGUUGUUGGCGAGUGAUUACCCACAAUGCCUCAACUGUCUGAUGCGCUUCCCUCCUGUGGCUGACGUCCAUUACCUUAUAGAGAAAGCACGGUAUCUUCGUGAGCCAAACAACUAUCCACGUCCACCAAACUACACUGUCCAAACAGUGAAUCAGCUUGUCACAAACAAACCGCAGAAACCUGUGUCCCGAGCCAAUGAACAGCCUGCUACUAACAAAGGACGAGCUGCUGGGACAUUGAGUACGAGUUUCUCAUCAUUUACACGCAAAAUGGGUUCGCGGCCAAAGACCCUGAGCAUGUCUCAGAGCCAGAAAAUGUAUAAAUCCUCCAGCGUACCCAUGAACCUCGAAACAGACAUCUCUCCAGAGAAAUGGAAUACUGUGCCUGCCAGUAUACAAACUAUGUUAUCAGAAACAGCCAGCCCCCAGUACCCCCAGAAGAAGCGUGGAUCCUCAGCGAGUCUGUCACAGGUAGAGGACUCUGUGUUCCGCUCCACCCCCUCGGCGGCCAGUCUCGCCCGGAUGGACACACGCAAUCGAUCUAUGGACAACAGUCCCAUGGCCUACACACCCGACGAUGGUGACUCGGCCAACGGCGGUGUGUCACAGUUCGCCACCUUGCCACGAGCUCGCAAGAAAGGCAAAAAGUCAGCCAAACAGGAACAAGACGAGUAUGAGAAUCAGGUUGGGGAACUACAUAGCCAGCUGUCGAAGAAGGAGGCUAUGUGUAACUACUGUGCCAGUAAACUGGACGUCCAUAUAUCCCGUCUCCAGCAUGAACUACAGCAGCAGGACACACUGCAGGGUGAGGAUGAGAUCCUCCUUGCCAUCGCAGGUAUCAAACAGGUGCGGGACGUGCUGAAGGGAACGUUAAAAUUCUCACAGGCUCUGAUUGAGGAGGACAACGUUGAGAUUACAGAGAACCAUUACAUGGAGGAACCAUCGUCAACCUCGCCAGAGUCAGACCCCGAGAAAAAGUCCUCCGACGCCAAACACCAGGGGGCGAGAAAGGGCAGUAAGGGCAAGAUGUUUUACAUGAGUAGUGAGGAAAAUUCCGAAGCUGCUGACUCGCCAACAGAUGGAUCUGGGAACAGAUUCAUCAAUAAGGACGUGGAAUUAAGUGAUUAUAGAAUUGGUCGAGGGAAAUCAAACACUUUUACAGAAGGAAAUCGAACAAACUGUGUCGAGACUAGAAGUGGAAGGUCAGCCAGUAUGCCCUAUCGCAGUCCAAACCCUCUGUACAAAGGAGAAUCCUCAGAGGAUGAUUGUGUGUCAUGAUCGACGGGUUGUAGAAAUUUGUAAUUCGAAAAUUUGAAGAGAAGAUUUUUACAGUGAAGUAUAUAUUUACAUAUGUGUAGAAGUUACGUUGAAUAUAUAAAUAUUUCAAAGUAGAUAUCGUAAGAUAUGUGUACGAUUUUAUUUAUUUCAUGUAUAUAUCAAUGUGCAGUACAUUCAAAUAAUUAAUAUAUACAAGAGUAAGUGACAUAACGUUUAAGUAAAAUUUAUACCAUUUUGGGUACCAGACACCGGUACUGGACGUGGCCCACAUUCCUGUUCACGAUUCCAACCAAAUCUACUGUUAUAAUAGUCAUUACUGUUAACCAUUGUCUGGAAUACUGUACCGAAUACUUCUAUCCAUGGUUCUACAUAAAAAAACCUUAUCAAGAUUGUAUCCAGCUCAUAAUUGUACUAAAGAUAUCUUUGGAAGAGAAAAUCCAUGCAGUUUAGGGUACCAGGACUGGAAACACUGAUUGUUUUACCUCGGACACUAAAUAGUCAACAAUAUAACAAGACUCCAUUGUACAUAUACGUGGCGAAAUAUUGCGAGUUCGCUGGCAAAAUUGUGAAAUGUGCAAGCAGUGGAGUCUUGCAUAUUUCAAUUCUAUGUGUUCAGAAAUCUUUUCAUGUCUUCAGGAAUCUUUGUUAUUGAUGUUUUUGAUAUGACUACUGUACUUGAAGUUAAUAUACCCCUCCCUGAAAAAAGUAAGGGGGGGGUAUAUAGUAUUCAUCUUGUUUGUCCAACUAUUCAGCCGUGACAAUUAUUUCAAAGCCGUAGUUCCCUUGUAUAUUCAUGCAGGUUAACCUUACGUACUGUGCUGUUACACCCACGGGUGAAGAUGUGUGGUGUUCUAUACCUAGGUUACAUUGACCUAUAUUUAUGAUCUACUUGUCAUCAAAGGGUAUGUGUUUCCAGGCUGUGGUUUCCGUUUCACACAAGCUCACAAAACUGCUGUUACAUCUAAGGUUGAUUUUUGUCACACAUCAUACCUGUAAGUGACCUGUGUUUUUUGUUUUGAUGAGCAAUACGUUGUAAUUAUUUUCAGGUAAUUUCUGUACUUUUUCUUCUCCAUUGUUGGGACCUAUACUUGUUUUUGGAGUUAUGGCCCUUUUAUAUAGAUUUGGAUGCAGUGUUUGCUCAAUAUCUUUAGUAAUUAUUUACUUUUAAAUGAAACUGAUUAAAAAAUUAAUAACCAUGAAAGUUCGGGCAAGUUUGAUAACAACUGUUAUCUGACUAUUGUUUUGGGAUGAGGUAGCAGAAUACAGUAGAAAUGGCCCGACUCUGAUAAACAAGGCACAUGUCGAGGAAAUGUAAACACAGCGGA